AUGGGUAUCCACGACUUGAGCAAGGUGAUUGCCGACAAGGCCCCUGAUGCCAUCAAGGAGACCGAAAUCAAGAAUCUCUUUGAUCGCAAAGUGGCCAUCGAUGCCAGCAUGAGCAUCUAUCAGUUUCUGAUUGCCAUCCGUUCUGAAGGUUCAAACCUUGUCAACGAGGCCGGCGAAGCCACAAGUCACUUGUCCGGUCUCUUUUAUCGAACCAUUCGUAUGGUGAAUCACGGCAUCAAGCCCCUGUACGUGUUUGACGGCAAGCCACCAACCAUGAAGUCGGGCGAGCUACUCAAGCGUGGUGCUCGGCGCAAAGAGGCCCAGGCCAAUCUCGAGGAGGCCACAGAACAAGGUGAUACCGAGCAGAUGGAAAAGUUUUCGCGGCGUCUCGUGCACGUCACGCGGGAGCACAAUGAGCAGUGCCGUCAACUCUUGACGCUCAUGGGCAUCCCUUUCAUUAUUGCACCUACUGAGGCUGAGGCGCAGUGCGCCGAACUUGUCAAGGGCGGCAAGGUUUUUGCCACAGCCACCGAGGACAUGGACGCGCUGACUUUUGGUACCACCGUGUUGCUGCGGCACAUGACUUUCAGUGAAGCGCGCAAAAUGCCCAUUCAGGAAUUUCGCCUUCAGAAGGGGGGACUAGAGAUGAGCAUGGAGGAGUUUAUUGACAUGUGCAUUUUGUUGGGUUGUGAUUACUGUGACAGCAUCAAAGGCAUUGGUCGGCAAAAGGCGUAUCAGCUGAUCAAGGAGCACAAGAACAUCGAGACCGUUUUGAAGCAUCUCGAUCCCAAGAAAUACGUAAUUCCCGAAGAUUGGCACUUUGCCGAGGCGCGCGAGCUCUUUCUCCGGCCCGAUGUGACACCAGCUGCCGAAUGCGAAUUCAAAUGGACAACGCCUGACAUUGACGGUCUGGUUAAAUUCAUGUGCCAAGAAAACGGGUUUGCCGAGGACCGUAUUCGCAAAUCUGCCGAAAAGCUGGUCAAGGCUCGCAAGGGCGGGCAACAAGGACGGCUGGAUAGCUUCUUCACUGCCAUUCCCAGCGGCUCGGCCAAGCGCAACACGGUUGGUUUGCUGCCCAAGCCGGGCCCGCCGCCCUUCCUGUUUUGA